AUGGGAAAGACGUCGACGGGACCUAUAGCACUAGCCACCAUGGUUAAACAAGGACGAUCUUUCUUAGAAGCUGCAAAACAAUAUGUGGAUAGGGCGAUUUCGGCGAGUCCGUCGCUGCAACUGAGGAGACCCGAGUUGAUUGAAGGAGAACUGGGCCUUAUCUUCACGGAUUUAGAGGUUAAACAUCAUGCUACUUUGAAUCGCACACGAGCCUCUGGUGCUCGUAUCUGUGUAGAGAUUGAUUUAUUAGCUGAUGUAGUAGAAUGUUUUCCGAUCAUAAUAGGUUCGAAGACCCUUUGUCAACGUGUUAAGUAUGAAAAAUUUAGCUUUUAUUGUAAGAAAUGCAAGAGGCAGGGUCACACAGAGGCUGUUUGUCGAGUGGGUCAACAAUUUCAUGAGAAGCAGAAAAGGAAGAAAAUCGUAACUAUUGGCCAGGAAAAGAACGAGUGGAGGAAAAAAUCUGGCGAUGUGGGUAGUAGUGUGGAAAUAGAAAAACAAUAUGUACAGGUGGGUGGAGUUUUGACAAAGUUGUUUGCUAGUGUCUUUACUGGUAUAGUCCAUGAGCAGGGAAGUGAUAAAACAGAAAAGGUUGGUGAAAGUAGUAGAGGAAUAAAGUUGAUUGUGGAUAAUGAUAAGGAGAAAAUGGAGAUUGAAUUGGGGAGGGAUAGAAAUAUGGAUGAGGAUGGAACUGUAGCUUCAAAGACUUGUGGGAUCAAAAUUGCUGAACAUAGAGGAGGCACUCACUAG